UAACUAAGACUAAGAAUUUAAGAAAUCGAGAGAAAAUCGACGCGAGAACGCGUUUCACGGAAUUUCACGGAUGACAGGAUGCGACUUUGACCGAUGCUCGCAAGAUGAUCCAUCGAUCGGACAUUGAACCUUCGGCUACGUGGCGUCUCUCGUUUCGAACGUAUCGAUUCGCAAUAUGAUUCGAGGUAAACAAUAGCUAGAAAUUGGAAGCAUUUUCGAAAACAUCGUCUCGUAUUUCCAUGUAAUUCAAAUCUUACGCAAUGUUAUCGCGGUUUGGCUCGGUGAGACAGGCGUGGACGUGUCAAGUUUAAAACGGAAGUCGCUCAACGCUUUGCGGUACAAUCUUUUUUCCAUUUGUCGUUCGCGCUACCUUAUCCAUUUGCCCCUCGAUUCUUUCGAUUUUUUCGUUUCGGUAUCGACGUUGUUCCAUUUAAUUAAACGCAUCGUUCGUUUUUCUUUUUUUUUCUUUUUUCCUUUUCGUUCCACUUUCUUCUGCAAGUUUGCAGCGCCGUAAUACGCAUGGACGAAGUAAUAAAAUCUUUCUUCAUCCGUAGUAUUAUUUCCGCUGCAUUAUCCACCUUUCCAUCUUUCGCGUUUUUUUUUUUCUUUUUUAAUUUCGUUUUGCUGCACUACGUUACUAUUACUUUUUGAUUAAAUUUUUUCCAUUUAAUUUUAUUGGAAGUAAACUGGAAAAAAAAUAUGCAUCGAAAAAAACGAUAAAAGUCUUCUUCACCUACUGUAGUUCGCGUUGUUUGCUUCGUCUUAUCAAUCUCUUUAUCUCUCAACUUUCUUUUUAUCUUGUCUUCGAUACGCAAGCGUCGUUGUUCGAUUUAAAUUAAAUUUAUCGUUGAAUCUGUUUCUUCUUUUUUUCUUUCCUUUUCGUUUAAUUUCGUUUAAUAAAAACGAAAUUUUCUAAAAUCAAAAUUGUAAAAAACCGCAUUUCCACUUUACAAAGAUGUAUUUUACGCGCGUGAAACAAUCCGCACCAACGAGUAUUAUUUGUAAUCGAGGUUAAAGCUUAAUGAAUCGGAAAAUCAUCGGCUGUAACAAUUUUACCAACGAUACUACCAAUUCGAUCGCAUCGAGACGUGAAAAUUGUUCGAUUCUCGCUUCAACGAUCUUUAACUUUUUUUUUCCCCUCCUCUGUUUACACACAAAACGUUAUAUAACAUUUUCUUCCUUCCAUUUGUAUCUUCAUUCGAACGUUUAAUCGAUGAAAUGAUCGAUCGGUGAAAAGAGAAAACAUUUAUCACCGUUUUACCGUUUCACGAAUUCGACGAGAUUAACAACGAAUAAGCGAUUAAAAUGUUGAAACUGGUUUCGAAAAGAGCAACCAGUUUUCGGAGCCUGGCGUGGGAUAACUUUCGUUAUCCCGUGCGCGAUAUCCCGCGUUUCGUUCUUUAAAUACGCUCGAUUGGUCGUGAUGACUUCCUCCUUUUUUUCUGCGUCAGCUGGAAUUUUAAAUUCGACGCAGCUUCCGGGAACGGUAACCAGACCCCUUUUGCGGUUUCGUUCGCUCGGUUGCAACUGUGUCAAGUAACGAUUCUCGAACGGAGCGACUCGACAAAGAGAAACUUUCGACAUCUCGGCGAGAAGGAUUUACCGGGGAGUUGGAACUCUCGAACCCUGACUUCUUCACCCGACCGUGCGAUUCCCUCAAGAUCCACCUCUUUCUCCUAUUUAUUUCCGCUUUCUCGCUCUGCCUAUCUUCCCUUCCCAACCUUUUCCUCCAUGUUUGCGUCUAGUAACUCCAAUUCUAUCACUUUCCCGCCAUUCUUUCUCCUUUGUUUUCUUUAUCUUCGUUCCUUCCUCCGCCGCAAACAGACCUAAUUCCCUUUGAACACGGUGUUUCCAACGAUUCUAUUCCGCAUUCGAUACACUCCCUUUUGCGAUUUCGAUUUCUCGAAAACGAGAUCCACGAGACGAAAAGUAAAUUAGAAAUUUUGGAAUCCAGUUUUUCACACUCUUUUGUAAGCUACAACAAGUAAACGUUCGUAAAAUUGAUAACGAAACAAAGAAACGUUUUGAUAACGUUGUUCACCUUUUCUCGCUCGUGAAUCACGCACAGAUAUAAUAUCGUUAUCUUUAACGUUAAACGCUCCGUAAUAUGUAUUCUGGUAUACAUAUAUUCAGACUUUGAUUCUUUCGAAAAAAAAAAGAAAAGAUAGAAUUGUUGUAUAUAUAUUCCUUGUUCUCGUUCAAUUAUUUGUCCAUACGAAUCAUCGAAGAAUAAAAUUUUUUGGAACGUAGAAAAACGAAACAUCGUAAAGGCGCAAUUAUCAGGAAUUAAACAUGGCGUAUAACGGAUAACUGUUGUCAAUUUCCCAACGAAGAAGAUGACAUUUGCCAAGAGAGGCGUGGAGAGAAGUUAACCGAAUCACGAAUAACUCGAUUACAGUUGUCUGAAUUAUAACUACAAACACCGACUAUCCUUGAGAGAGAGGGGAAGAUCUGUUACUAGGUUUGUCCCUAGGUCUCUUCAAUUAGCCUCUGUACUCGCGGCCAACUUCGUCGCCGACGCAAACUUUCGAAAGUUUCAUUGUUCUUAAAGCGACUCGACUUCUCCGUUUCUGUCGCGUCAUCGCGAAUCAGCGCGAAAAUUAUCGAACCUGCCUGCGAUCCCUUUAAUUCCCAUCCAGUAGGAAAAAUUCUUUCAACAGAAGCUCUUCUGGAAAUUCUUGUUAUUUCAGCGUAAAGAAAGAAAAACACACACACACGCGCGUUAUUAUCGCCGUUUUAUCACCGAAAUAGUUUCCGAUAAAAGUCAAUGUCACGUCUGAUUCAACUAUUACAUUUCGAGAGGAAACGCGUGUUCUUCCAAUUCGAUACCUUUAUCUUAUCAUUCUCCAACCUUUCUCGCGUUCCUUUCCACGAUCGAAGCAUACGAUCGAGCAUAUUUUCUUACGAACGAUCGAUCCGAUCUCCUCCGAAAUAAUGGAAAUAGUUGCGCACAGGUGGAGGAAAUAUUCGAAUUGGAUCGAAAGGGAAGGAAGAGAGUAAGCUUUUGUUUCCGCGACCGAGAAAAAAUUGAUUCGCGCCGUACAUAAAGCCCCCCCCUCUCGGCUGGAACCGCGCGAUGCAAUCCGCAAUGGGAACGCCAUUGUCGGUCGUUCGUCAAUUUCGAUUCAGGUGGCGGAUCGCCGAUAGUUCGUGACCGGACGCCUUAAAAGCCCCGCCGCUUUUUGCUCUCGGCCAUUCGCGACACGCGUCCUCCUCUCCCCCGAUACUUCUUAAUUAUUUAUCUUCUCGAUCGAGUAUUUCUUCGACCGUAUAAUUUUCGGGGAUCGAAGGAAGCGCCUUCUGCUUCCGCGCUCGCUUCGUAUCCGACCGCGCACCUGCUGGCUUUAAUGCAAAUUCUUACCGGGAGCUCCUCCUUUUUCGAGAAUCUCUCUCUCUCUCUCUGUCUCUAUCUACGAUCAAAGUCCCAGCAGUCUUCCAACCAUGCAACUUUAAUUCACUUCCGCUUCGAUUUAUCCCCGCAAUUUAGGAGGGAGGUCUCCAUUUUAACGCCAUUUCUCCACGUGGCCUAUUUUUCCACGGUGAAUAACGCCGGUUACGAGAUCCCGGCGGUGGAUAAACGUCUGGUUAAUCGCAGAUUUGAUUCAUCCCUCGUUUGUUUCUACUGUUUCGCCGUCGAUUUCGAUUUUCGCGACCCGAGGCCGCCGCAUCCGUCCCCCCUCCACCGUCUCAAAUCGUUUAUUUACCCGCCGGGCACCGAGCCACCCUCCUACCGUUUCCAGGGGACUCUCCGCAUUCCUCUCCUCGUUUCUUUUCCUCCUCCUUUCCUUGGGCGGUGAUCGCUUCGCGCAACCACGCUCCAAGAAAGAGAAACGUUUCAAGGAAGAAACCUUCGAAACGCGAGAAUCCUUGGGGUUAAGGUCUCUCUCUCUCCUCUCCUCUCCUCGUUUACGAACCGACCUCUAAACUCGAUUAUUACCCCAAGAUUUUCCUCGCCACUGCCUCCUUAUUUCCCCUCGUAUACGGUAUCCAUCCCUUUAAGAAUUUUUUCUCCCCCCUAGCGUGGCACGAUUGCGCUCGAGGUUUCUUUAGGAAUCCGUCAAUAUUUUUAUAUUUUCUCUUCCUUCGAUUUUCUCUCGAAACAUUCGUCGCGUCAUCUUAGCAAGCAAGAUAUAUUAUUGUGAAGAGGGAGGCAUUUAACGAUCCAGGAUCUAUACGUACGAAAUGCCACAAUUAAUCGAAUCGAGAGUAGAAGCAAUUACGGAGAGUCUAAGCACCGUUCAUAAUUCGGCUGCUCCCUUUGUGCCAACUGCGACUAGAUGCAGAAAAUAGCCGACGUUAUCCCCGUUCCUUUGAGUCAGCGCGCGAAAUGGAAAUGGAAUUUUAAGAGAGUUUCUUAGUCAUCGAUCGAGCAUAGGGAAACGUGGACGGUGCGUCCUCUCGACGAUGUAUCCGUCCACUUACGCGAACGAGAGAACAGUUUUUCCCGUUCUUCUCUUUAUUUCGAAGAAAUAACGCCCCAGCUGUUCUCCGCGCCGGAUAAUCUGACGUCACCGAUGCACCCCGUGAAAACGUUCCGAGUUACCCGAGUCAUACGUUACGGGGAAUCGUGUUUAUAAACUUUCCACGCUCUCUCUUUCCCCUCUUCUUCCUCCUCUUUUCCCCCCACUUUUGAAUCCGAUGAAAUUUUCACGACCUCUUCCAUGAUUUUUAGAACAAACAGCGUGCAACUCCGAAUUAUUCACGCAAAAGUGUAAACAACUUCCUCUCGAUGCUUCCAAGUCUUGGUUGGUUUUUCGAUUCGCCACGUUAUUGAGACAAAAUUUGGAGGAUUUGGCGAAGCAAAAAAAACGGAUCGCGAUGAAAUUCGGUUUACAGCGAGUAACGGUCGAAGCGUGCGAUGCAAAAAUUGCGGUAAUAAACGGAAUGUAAUUGGACGGUUCCGUUUCGAGUUCAUUCGUUAAUGGUGCGACGGGAGUCAGGAGUGGUUAGCAGGAAGUAUUCGUAUCGCCGCGCCCUGUCCUCGAUCGGUGCUCGUCACGCGAUCGAGCUACAUCUUUCGCAUAAAACGUAAUUUCAGCUACUCCCUGCAACUUCGUUCACUCGUUUCUGCAUUCCAAGCUUUGAUCCUUGCUUCUACUUACUGCCAACGAGGAAAAAAGUAAAUACGAGAUUCCUUCACGAAUAGAAAAGAGCUCCCUUCGUAACUUCGUUUCGAGAAAUUUUCACGAUCGUUCCGAUGUUUCGCAUUUCGUCGCGAAAAACAAUUCGGCCUUCUAUCGAACAAACGAAUCUUCUGCAUUCUGCUUUUUCCCUCCUCCUAUAAUCGAUUCGUUUUUCGGAUAAAAAAAAGGCGAAGGGUGAACGAAAUAGCGCAGAGACGAGACGGGACCGCUCCUUUCGAACGUUUCUCCUCGAAAAUAGUAGCACCUUACCGCGCGUCCGUUUUCCACGAAGCCGACGUGGCGGAACGCUACCAGUAACACACGCGCUGCUCUCCUAAUCGGGCAACACAAUCGGGAAACAAGCCUCGCGUAGUAAUUUCAACCGACUUCCAGCCACGCUGGCCCCAUUGUUCUCGCGACAGAUUCUCCGACAUCCUUUCCAUCCCUUCCCUCCCCGCCCUCGCUCCAAUUAACGUUCGCGUGGGCGUUAAUCCGCGCAACCAGCGCGUCAAAGUCAUCACGAUCCUUUUCCACCUGAGCUCUUCCUCAUUGAGAAUUCGAGGCGAGCCUUUGAUUCCUCGGGAUCGGGAGGAAAGACUCUAAUUUUUCAAUUAUGCUCGGGGAAUGGAGGGAAUUCGAAAGUUAGUCGAACGGUAUUAAAUCGAAGACGGAAAGUUUACUUCGUUACGUCUUUCUCUUUCUCUCUCUCUCUCUCGAAAUUAAAAGUUGCGAGUUUUUCGUUAAUGGAAAUGGAUAUAUCGCGCACGGAAAUACGAUAUAAACGUAUAAAUGGAAAUGAUUUUACGUAUGCUUUUAACGAAUUAUUAUUAUUCGAUAUCAGCGCUGUUCGCGUAGCGAAAGGAUUACUAUGUACGUAUGUAUAUUGUUUACAAUUAUUUUUUAAAACAACACGGACGAGGAAUGGAUACGUUAGAUUCGAUUUCCUUUCGAAAUAAAUCAAAGGGAAAUAAAAGAGGCUGGGGAAGAAUUUUAAAUGCAGCCACGUGACGGCACAAUUUACAGGAACGGAACGUGGACAAUUGUUUAAUUAUCCUGGUCGAACACUUUCCUCGAAAGAGUAUCGCGUCUCUUUCCGGCGAGCCGCGGAACGCAUUACAAUGAAUCGUGUCGUCCCUUAAGGAGAGGGAUCGGUCGGCUUUCGUUCUCUCUUCGAAUCGAUGCUGCGAUAUCUCGCGAGCCAAAAUUAUCUUGCACGAUAACGAAUUUAGCCGCGCCGCGCCGCGAAGGUAAAAGAGGAGAAGGGGGAGGGGCAGGCUUUCCUUCGAAACUCGUUCGGAAACGAAACGCGCGGAUACCGAGAAUAGCGCGACCAGAAAGAUAAACAAAUGGUCGAGAAUUCCGCUCCCGAGAAGAGGAGGCCUCCACUCGGCUCGGAGUCGUUAGAAACCGGUUUCAAAUUUUCUCUCGACCGCUAUCGAUCACGUCGAAUAGAUUUUCCCGAAAAUGCGUUCUUCUCGCAACAGGCGCCCUGCUGCGGUCCGCGACGUGAGGCGAACGUUUGUUGAACGCGAAAAUAUCGAUUAUUUAUCGUGGCAGCUAUCGUGCCGCCAUUUUUCUCGGGGACCGACCACGGACCGACGAUCGUUACAAUCUUCCCCCGUAUUACACGCAGCAUGGAAAGAGCUCGGGGGAUACGAAGGGUAUUAAGGGAUUACAGCAUCGUCUGGCGGAGGCUUAGCCCGAGAACCGACGCGACACCUCGAUUUUGUCGUUCGAGCCUUAACUAAAUACCGACUCGAACCACUCCUCGAGAACAGGGCUCGCUUUCCGAUGGACGCGACGAACGUGGAGGAUACGUGUAGGGGCUCGCCUCUAUCUCGAACCUUUCGAAAAAAUGGGAUUCCAGACGCUCGAUCGCCACAUUGUGCCCGUCUAUAUAUAUAUAUACGUAUAAUACAUUCAGUGUCGCCGUUCCAUCGCGAUGUUGUUUUCGUUGCAACGAGUUGUUUUCUCAUGUAAAUUUCCAUCCUCGUUUCGGCUUACAUAGGCGUGGUGUCGAACGUCGGUUCGCCACGGAUUUUUAGAGAAACGGACGGGUUCGUCGUAACGCUCUUCCCAAGCUUUUCCAAACUCUCUCUUUCUCUCUGUUAAACUCGCUCGUCUUUUUCGCAAAGAUAAACUCCGCAACGGCAUGAAUAUAAACGAGCGUUGUCGGUUCGCGUUCGGGGAAUCGGAGGAAAAAUGAGACACGGCCGAUCCGAGCGACAGGCGUGCUCCAUUUUUAUAUCCCGGCGAUUUGAAAAUUUUUAGGAAAAACCUGUUUUUCCACCCAUUUUCCACCAUCCGCUCCGUGAAUUUUUCCCGUGCUCGGUUCGCGAAUCGAAUCGACCAAUUCUCUUCGAUUUUUCCACGUUCGCAUUUCCGUGGAAAAUUGAUUUCCCCUCCCAGUCGCUCCCUCCGGUAAUUGCUCGUACACGCGACUCGUUUGCAACGAGUUGUGGUUUAAAGGGAAGGCCGAGAAACAGCGGAAUUAUUGCUUGGCAUGGCGUUCGAACAUUUCAUUAAACUGGCGCGCUGACAAACGUGCGGGAUAGCGGGGAACAGGCAGGAAGCCGACGUCAGCGGAAGUACUUUUAAAGGACGUGGAAUUACUGGAGGGAACGAUUCCGUCGGAGGCGAUGGAAGUCGAGGUCUCUCAUUGCAGGGAGUUGAGGAUCCAGUCGGGCGCUUUCGCGGAUGGAGCACCUUUGAAACGCGUUCACGUGUCCGGGAUCUACAGCCUGGUGGCAAAGAGACAGGCGUUUCAGAACUUGAGCGCCCCUAACACGCAUCUCGAGGUGUCCGAGUGUAACAGCGUGAUCCUGGAAAGCCACGCGUUCAGGAACUCGCGGGGCACAUUGAGCGUUUCGAUAUCCAGAUGCAGAAACGUAGGGAUCAAGCCGAACGCCUUCUCCAGGCUGCUCUGGAUCACCGUCAGGGAGGUGCCGACCCUCGAGCUGUCUAGCAACGCGUUCAAACUCGAAGCUUCUCAACACGGAAGGCAUGGACCAGCGACCAAGAUUAUGUUCCAAAGCGUGAGAAUCACGGAGUUGCCGACAGCGGUAUUCCCAUCGGCGGUUGCAGAGGUCCGCAUGGACGAUAUCUGGACAAAGGUGAUCCGCAAGAACGCUUUCUGCGCCAUGACGAUCUUCAGCGUGACCAUAAGCAACGCGUCGAUCCUGGAGAUCGAGACUGGAGCGUUUAGCGACAGAGCGUUAAUCCACAGCCUCGAGUUCGUCGACGUCAGAUUGAAGAGUAUAGAGAGAGGAGCCUUCCGGGCUGGCCACGACAACCUCACCAUACAAUAUUCAAGGCUGUCCGAGGUGGAUACCGGCGCUAUCGACAUAUCCGCCGCUACCGUGAGCUUCAACAACAACGAGUUCCUGAACCUGCACCAAGGCGCGAUCGUUCUCCACCAGUGGAACCACAUAGCCAUCGAUUACAACCUGUUCGUCGAGUUGGAGACGGACGCGAUCACGGCAGAGGUGGACGCGACCUCGGCCCCCAACUUCGAGUUCUCUUUCACGGGGAACCACGUGGAGAAGGCGAGGGCCGGCUCGUUGAAGUUCGCCGCGAUCUCUCAACGAGUGAACACGGCCAGGGUCGGCAACAAUUACUUCAAGGAGCAGUGCAGAUGCGGCCUGGACAAUUGGAUACGGGACGUGACGGGGAAGAACAGCUCCGUUUCGUGGAUGAUGGACUCGAGUUUCUGCGUGGUCGAUCAACUUCUCGACAAGUGUUUCAAUCUGCCCCAGGGCUACAUGUCGAUGAGAAACUUCACGAGGAUCAUUUGCGCGCCCGGGGAUCACAUCGUUUGCGAGAAACCGUCCGCGAAACCCGAGCCAACCGUCAGCCCGCCGAGCGUCGGCCCCCACGUCUAUCCCAGGCACAAGGGUUACUUCGACGUGGAGAUGAGCGAUUCCGAGCAAUUGCAACGCGAGAAGAGGAUCAUCGUUGUGAUUUGCGUGCUGGCAGUGUUCGUCGUCCUGGUGGUCAUCCUCACCUCUGGAAUACUGUACAUGCGUCGGAGCGGCGUCUGCCCCAAGUUGACGUCCGGCCACUUCGCCAAUCUCACCGGCUGGUUGUCGGCCAGCGGUGGAAUCACGGCGGCCACGUCCGCCAGGUCGAUAUCCAGAUUGAGCGUGCACGAGUACGCGGGCCUUCAGCCGGAGACGCGGAUUCUCGACGUGGAAACGUCCCAGGCCGAGGAGGGAACGGAGGAGGAGGAGGAGGAGGAGGGAGAGGAGGGCGGAGAGGAGGGGGGUGCCGAAGGAUUGUACCCUUACACCGAGAACAAGGCGACGCAAACGUUGCCCGAGGAGUUGACGGAGGAGUACCUGAGGGAUCUGAGGGAGAGGUUGAACGAUCCUGACAAUUAUAACCAGGCGAGGGACAUGAUAGAGCAUCUGUACGAUCUGAUCAAGGUGGAGGAGAGUUGCAACAACAACAACAACAACGACGACGACGAGGAGGAGGAGGAGGAUCGGCGAGCGUCGGGGAGGGGAGGGGAGGAGAACGCGUACGACGUGAUCGAGCCGAGGCAGAGGAGAUCGAGGGGAGCGGCGAAGCCGUCCGUCGUCAGCGUGGGUACGAAAGCUCCCUCGUUGGAGAAGCUGUUGCCGAGCGGGAUACUGGUCAGGCCGCCUCUCACCGAGUACACCGAGCCCCGGGAUCGAAGGGCCAACGAGCAGAACCAUUUGUACGCCGAGCUGCCCGGUGACGAAACCGUUCCCAGCACCAGUCGCCUCUCUCAACCGAUCCUCGCGACCUUGGCCGGCAGAGCGCCUCAACCGUUGCCGCCGGACGUCGUCAACGAUCAUCUUCUCGUCAACGAUCAUCGAUCUCGCUCGACCAAGACCGAGAAUCAACGUCAAAGGCCAACGGACAACGGUCCCAAGUUCGAACCCCCUUCGAAAAGUCAGGGCAGGCCCAUGAGCUUCCUCAAGGCUCUCGGCGAGAGUAUCCUCCAAGUCGGGUCCAAGUCGACCACCAGCUGCAACAGCAGCAACAACACCACCACCACCAACAACAACAACAACAACAACAACAAGAGGCCCAACUCGUUGCUCUGCGAAUACGCCGAACCGUCCGACGCCACUGCCCACUUGUACUCUGAACUACCCGAGCCGCAAGCCUCCGCUCCAACGAGCAAGAUGGCGAACAGGCCAUUGCCCACCAAACCCGACCAAGAUUCCGUGAACGUGGCGAGGGCAUAACGGACGCCCUUCGUCGAUUGUCUGUGAUAAUAUAAAGUAGAGCUGCGAGAGACUAUUGUUCGCGUAAAUCGUGCUCUCUCUCUCUCUCUCUCUCUCUCUCUCUCUUUUUCUCGUUUCUUUUCCUAAUAAUUCGUUCGUCCAGCGAUACGAUGAAUUCGCGGUGCCGGAGCGCGAGUAUCGUCGAGUUUAGUCGGGAAGAAACGUCGAACAGUGCCAGAUACGAUCAAUAAUCGAUCGAUUAAUUUUUUAACGAUAUUAGUUUAAUAUGCUUUUGUAAAAAAAAAAAAAAGAAAAAAGAAAAAACAAGUGGAAAAAGAAAAGAAUAGGGAAAUCUUUCAGGAAGGAUGAAUCUUGUUUCGUUGUACGUUUCUUUUUCUUUUUCUUUUUUUUUCUUUUUCGUUUAUUACGGAACAACGAAAGACGAGUUUUAUUUCAACGACUGGCCCGAGAUGUAUCAUAAAUUUAUAUAUAUAUUUGCUUCGUCAGGUAUCAUUAAAGGAAUAAUUCAUA